AUGGCUGUGAACCGGAUAAAGGGCGCGUUCGCUGCCCCUCGCAAGGGUGAGACCUUUGAGCUGCGAGCUGGCUUGGUAUCGCAGUAUGCCUACGAGAGGAAGGAGGCGAUUCAGAAAACCAUCAUGGCCAUGACGCUGGGCAAAGACGUGUCUGCACUGUUUCCAGAUGUCCUCAAGAACAUUGCCACGUCCGACCUGGAUCAGAAGAAGCUGGUGUACCUGUACCUGAUGAACUAUGCGAAGACCCAUCCAGACCUCUGUAUCCUCGCCGUCAAUACUUUCGUACAGGACUCCGAAGACCCGAACCCGCUCAUAAGAGCGCUCGCGAUCCGGACCAUGGGCUGUAUUCGGGUGGAUAAGAUGAUAGACUAUAUGGAGGAGCCCCUGCGGAAAACGCUCCGCGACGAGUCGCCCUACGUGCGCAAGACAGCUGCCAUCUGCGUGGCCAAGCUCUUCGACCUCAACCCGAGCAUGUGCAUCGAGAAUGGCUUCAUCGAGACUCUGCAGGAGAUGAUUGGCGACCCGAACCCCGCCGUCGUCGCAAACUCCGUCCAGGCCCUCUCCGAAAUCAGCGAGACCGCGCCAGAGACCAAGGCCCUCAUCGUCACAUCUGCGAUGCUGAAGAAGCUGCUCAUGGCGCUCAACGAGUGUACUGAGUGGGGGCGGGUGACUCUCCUGUCGACCCUUGCCGACUACCCGCCGGUGGACGUCAAAGAGUCGGAGCACAUCUGCGAGAGGAUUGCGCCACAGUUUCAACACAACAACCCCAGCGUGGUGCUUGCUGCGGUCAAGGUUGUCUUCACCCACAUGAGGGCUAUCAGCCCUGAGCUGGUGCGCACGUAUCUUAAGAAGAUGGCUCCGCCAUUGGUGACUCUUGUUGCCUCUGCGCCGGAAGUCCAAUACGUCGCUCUGAAGAACAUCGACCUCCUUCUUCAGGCGAAACCAGACAUCCUGAGCAAGGAGAUGCGAGUUUUCUUCUGCAAAUACAACGACCCGCCGUACCUUAAGCUCCAGAAGCUUGAAAUCAUGGUGCGGAUAUCAAACGACAAGAACUACGAGCAGUUGCUGGCCGAAUUGAAGGAGUACGCGCUUGAGGUGGACAUGGACUUUGUGCGGCGUGCAAUCAAGGCCAUCGGGCAGGUGGCGAUCAAGAUCGAGAGCGCCAGCGAGAAGUGCGUGAAUGCGCUGCUGGAUCUGAUAGCAACCAAGGUCAACUACGUUGUGCAAGAGGUGAUCGUGGUCAUCAAGGAUAUCCUGCGGAAAUAUCCUGGCUACGAGGGAGUGAUCCCCACGCUCUGCGAACACAUUGACGAGCUGGAUGAGCCACAUGCCAGAGGAUCGCUGAUAUGGAUCGUGGGAGAGUAUGCCGAGAAGAUCAACAAUGCAGACGAGAUCCUGGAGAGCUUCGUGGAUGGGUUCAUGGAGGAGUUCACACAGACACAGUUGCAGAUCCUGACCGCGGUGGUCAAGCUUUUCCUCAAGAAGCCGAGCAGCGGCCAGGCCCUCGUCCAGAAAGUCUUGCAACAAGCAACAGCGGACAACGACAACCCAGAUAUCCGAGACAGAGCCUACGUCUACUGGCGUCUGCUGUCAGGAGAUCUCGAGAUCGCAAAGAACAUCAUUCUCUCCCAAAAGCCCGCCAUCACCACCACCAUCUCCAGUCUCCCGCCCGCCCUCCUCGAACAGCUUCUCGGUGAACUCUCUACACUCGCCUCUGUCUACCACAAGCCACCAGAGUCGUUCAUGGGCAAGGGCCGCUUUGGCGCCGAUGAGAUCCAGCGUGCCGCCAUCCAGGAGCAGCGGCGCGAGGCAGCCGAGAACCCUAUCGCAGCCUCUGUGGCUGCAGCGGCUGCGAACGGGUCCGGCCAGUCGCAGAACAACAUCGAGAACCUUCUCGAUAUCGACUUUGACGGUGGCGCACCUGCGUCUCUCGAGCAAUCCGGCAGCGUUCCGGCGACGCCUGACAGGAUCGACAGUCCUGCGGUGGGCACGCCCGGCGCGGGUGGAGCGUCAGGCGGCAUGGCGGACAUGAUGGGUCUGUUCGAUGUGAGCAGCCCAGCCGGGUCCUCUUCGCAACAACCGCCGAUGGGCUCUGGAAUGGGUGAUCUCAUGAACGGCUUUGCGGGCAUGGACCUCAGCGGGACGAGCGCGCCGCCGCCGCCGGGACAGCAGCUGCAUCCCCAGCAGGCGCAGCAACAACCAGGGCAGAGCAGCAGCGGCGGGGCAGGAAAUGACCUGUUGGAUUUGAUUUAA